ACUAGGGCUUCACUUUCAGCUCAUAGCCUCCUCCCACCUCCCUCUUCGGUCACCCUCCUCCCUCAUUUACUCCCUCUCCCACAGAUAGGUGUGUGUCCUCUCACUUCGCCGCCCACUCUCACAGUGUCCCUCUCUCUCGUGCCGUCUCCCUCACUCCGCCAUCCUCUCUCUCGCGCAGUGCACGGUUUGGAUUUGAUAUUUUUUCAUUGAUGUCUGAAGUUGUAUCCCUUGAUUAAAGGUUUCCAUGGUGGUGAAGUGAAGGGGAUUGAAGUGACUUAUUAUCUUAUUGAAAACUUGUUAUUUGUGUUGUUAGAUUUUGUUAAGACAGAUUUUUACACACAAACUGUGGAAAACCGGCCAAACCACACCGUGAACAGCCGCAAUGUAUAUUCGCGUUAAGCGCAAUAAAACAACUUACUUUAUCCAAUGCGAGCCGACUGAGACAGUUUUAGAUAUUAAGCAGAAAUUACAUGUUCUUAUUGACCAACCAGUAAACGAUCAGCGUUUGAUCCUAUUCAGUAGUGGACAAGUACUGGAGGAUGUAAAGACAUUGGCAGAUCAGAAGGUUGAAAAUGAUUCUGUCGUGGCACUUACUUUGAGGAAAGAUGAUAAUGAGUUUGAAGAGGUGAACAUUGUACGCCCAACUGAUUUCUACCAAUCGCGUGAUCCAGAGGGAGGCAAUUGGUGAGGCCAUUGCCUCAUCUUGUAAAGCCAACCAGAUGCUAUCGACAGUGUUGAUUAGUAGUCCACUCAAGAAGGCUAUAUAUCUUCUAAUACUUUGAUAUAUAAUUGUAUAAUAUAUAUGAUUAAAUAAUAGACCAAUUAUAUGGAGGGUUUGUAGAUGAACUAUUCAACUUGGGUUUUCAUUAUUCUACUCAAUUAGAGCAAUAGUUGAGAUAUAUUGAUUUGAGCUACAUUUGUGCUGAACAUACUGGCAUCCCUUCUAUAUAUCCCUAUUCUUACAUUGAA